CAACAAGGGAGUAAUCCAUGUUCAUAUUUGAACUUCCGCUUCCACCGUUGGAUAAUUCAAGAUGAAUCAUGCAGCCAUAAUCCCAAAUCGGUUCCAGCUGAACGAGGACUUUGACAAUAUAAUCGUUCCGAGUCAAACUUCAAGAAAGAGGAGGAAUUUAAGGAAGGGUGAUACUGUUGCACAGAAGGCUUCAAAGUCAACAUGCCCAAAACAACCGCAGCAUCAGCAAAUUCAUCACCAGCAACAGCCGGGUCCGUCUGAUCAAGAACUCUCUACUCCUAAAACAGUCAUUGAAUCUGAGUAUACACUCACACCACUAAGGCAGUAUGAGCACCUGCUGAUACAGGGUAAAGGCCUGUCUCCGUGCAGCCCCCAUCACACUGCAUUUGCCCUGCAAGACUUUGACCAGACAUGUAACAAAUUGAAGGAUGUCUAUUACAUUGUUCGGAGACGGCACAUUACGUGUUGUGAUGGAAAUACCUGGGUCUAUGCUUGCCAGUGUGAAAGGGCAAGGGAGACACUGGUGUUUGCCAUUGAACAACCGUAUAAUUGCUCAGUCCAAGAAAUCAAAGAUUUAGAUCAGCAUGCCAAUCAUGUCGAAUGUCUUCAUAUCAAGGCAUGCAGAGAGCUGUUAAGGAGCACCAUCACGACUGAUGACUACAAUUCCCAUUCUGUCAAUGAUGUGUCAGAUCACCAAUAUUGCAAGUCCAAUGAUCAUGUGGAGUUAUAUCCCCUUUUGUCAACAGAACAUGCUGUGUGUGUCCACAUAUCUACCGGUAACUCAUCCAACGAGUCAUAUGCCAUUGUCAGCUUAAACUUUCAAGGUGGGCACUCAUUAGCAUGUUCUGUAUGCAAAAAGGCACCAUGCCCACAUACAGAUGCCAUCAAGUGUUCUGGGCACUCAUUAGCUGAGGUACUGAAAGAGCUGUUGUCAUCAAAACCAUCUUUCAGGGCACGAUAUGUCCCUUAUCCAAUAUCAAAAAAAAAAAUAGAUUUCAGCAUGUCUAGUUUUCAAGGAACAUAUGAAAACAGUUUUGCCCCAGACACAUCAGGCAUCUGUGUUUGUGGAUCUCCUUGGGGUGAGCUCACAGAUGGCCUGGACUCAAUGAUGUUCACCGCAACCACUUCAUCCAGUGUUAGAGUUUUUGAAAGACAGUGCAGCAACUGCCAAAGAACAAAAGAAUUUGAUGGUGGGGAUCAGCAUGUUCUCAACAUGGGAACCUAUAUGGUUUCACACCAAGUCUUUCGACAGUAUUCCAAACAGUUCCUCACAGAUGGAACAACACUGUCUUCUUUUUAUAAAACAUUGGUGUGGCAGCAUGCUGAAAAUGGUGAUCAGGAAUUCAGUAACCAACUGUCCUACUACAGAUUCCGAUAUGCAUGGUAUGCAUACUUGGACUUGCUGGAUAUAUCCUAUGAGGAGGGCUUCCAGUGCCCCUGCUGUGGGGAGUCACCAGAGGUAGUCAUUAUGGAUGGUGUCACCCUGGGGAUCAAAAACACCCACAUGGACUGGAAGAUGCCACAAGAAGAACCACAGAAUCUGGAUGGAAGUACUUUCAGCUCUAGGGUCUUUAUCAAGAAUCAGAGCUGUAGAAAGCUGUUGAGGCAGUUUACAAUUCGCAGCCUCACCCAACAGGAAAUGGCGGAGCUUCAGACGCUGCUGACCACAUAUACACCCUUUUUGGAGCCUUUGUUUUCAGAAAUUGGUUCAAAUUUUCAUUAUGGAAAGUGCCCCAAAAUUUUCAGUUCUAUCAUUUGUACCUUGAGCUCGGAUUAUCCUUUGUUGGCUUUAAUUCAUAUUGAAGAUGAAAUUGUUUUGGAUAUUCUCAUGGAUGAGUCUAAAGGGGCAAAUUUUAGACAUAACAUCUCUUACAUGGCCAUUUUGGAAGAUAAAGUCCCAACACUCUUUUCACUGCUGUCUCAUUUUUCAGAAACUCCUGCUUAUGUUCGUCCCCUGUUGCUUGCUUUUGUAGAAAAUGUGGGUCAGUUUUUGAAGGUCGAUGAACAUGAUUUAGAGAUUUCUGAAUCAGAAGCACAUCCAGACAUGAGGACCCUGUACUUUCCAUCACUGAAUGUCUGCAACCGGAGAGGCUCAUAUGUUUUGGAUGACAAGAACCAAAGGGGACCCUGCAGGAAAAGUCCUGGGAGUCAUCAUUCACUGACCCCAGGAUUGUUCACUUUAUCCUGUCAACAUGGUGUGUGCUAUGGAUUUAGAAUGAUGCAGGAUGCUGAGUCCCCAAAUGUUCCCUUCACCCUUCUCCGUACACGGUUCAAGAAAGCUCCCAAGAUGGUCAUCUAUGACAAUGUAUGUAACCUGCAUGCAUAUUGUAUGAACCGAGAUCCAGGUUUUUUCAAAAACACCUGGUUUGUUGUUGACCGAUUCCACUGGCCAAAUCACAAAGGUUGUCAUGAUGGAUACAAUCUAUCAAAAUACAAUAAAUACAGAAGCAUGAAUACUCAAGUAGCUGAACAACGGAAUGCUACAUUGAAUAAAUUAAGAACACCCGGUACCGCCCUCCCAUGGAACAGAGAACCCAGGCAUGCUCUGGUCCCACUGCAAGAAGGACACACACGUGCUGCCAUGUGAUGUGACCUGUAAACAAUGGAGUGUUGACAGGAUCUUCACGUGAAGGAUCAGAUUUAUCAACAUUG